AUGGUGAACAAGGAUGUUUCAUUGACAAUCGGAAAAUUGAAAGAUACGACGUUUACGGUGGCGAUCGGAGUCGCCCAUUAUCCGAGCACUUCUUCAGAAGAUCUGCCCGUUGCCGAGGAGGUAGUCGACAAACUGCUCAUUCCCGUCGAUGACAUCGUUACUCUGACGACAAAAACGGACCUCGACUCGGUUUUUAAAAGCUCUUUCGUAACGGACAGUGAAAUCAGCAACUUCAACGGAUCAGUAGAGCAGCGUCAUUUUGAAGCGUGGGUGCCUGACUCGCUAGAGGAAGAACAAAUUCUUGAUUGUCGAGAAUCGGUUGGAUGGACAGCCGAAGAGAUGUUUGAGAAAAACAAGCAGAACUUUGGUGUGACGUCUGAUUACCAGGAAGAUCUUAGUCAGUACAGCAGUGUUGAUUUUCAUAUCGACGAGGCAUCACCUGACUAUCAGGCUAAAUUGGCGGAAGCGCAGCGCAUCGCUAGGCUUAUUGAGAACAAUCCUACGUACAAAAAGGCGGUAGAUUUGGAAAACGAGGACAGUGAACGCGACCUGAUGCAACAGCGGGGACAGCACGAUAGUACAGGCAGCGUUCAACCGACUCCACCAACUAGCCAAAGUGGUUCCACGCGGUAUUUCUCUUCGAACCGUCGACGGGGCAGCAGUUCAGCCGCGGAGCGCAACGACCGAAUGUGCAGGCAUCAUCGAAUGUGUGCCACGCGUGAUCCACGAAUGGUGCGAAGCGCCAAGGAUGGUGGUAACGACGCUUACGCGACGAAUAUGUACAUGACGCCUCCAGGGAGUAAAAGUGGCGGCUCAAAAUUUAACCCUCAACAGUUUUCACAGCAGAAUGCGAACUGCGUCAACUCAAACCAGUCGAACGCAGCUACAAAUUCAGAAUGGGAAAGAAGAGGCCCACAACAUCGGAAGCCUGAUGGUGGAAUGUCACGAAGUACCUUCGGCGGCGAUUCGCAGGUGUUCAGCAGCCGCAGGAAUGUGCCGUUGAAAAACCAGAGGGAGAAAGAUCGACUGCCAGAUCUGAAGAAGUUUGGGCACGAUUUCCAGUUGUCUUCAAACGAUGUCAGGCAAUCGCCGACGACCUCAGCAGAUUGCAUAACGAAUGGCGGUGGCAGUGACUCGUCAAUUCCCCCGGUUUCUCCCCAGGGAAUCACCCAUGGCUCUCAAAGCAAUAAUUCCAUUUCUGUUGUGCAACAGCAAAAACCGUCCUCAAUUUGUUUGUCCCAGAAUUCACCAGACUUCAAAAAAUCUUCUCCACCGUCACAAAACGUGAAAGUUAAAUCUUGUCAAGCUGUAGGUCAAAAAGCGGAAAAUAAGACUUCUGUUGCCGGGAGCGAAGCGCCGACGUAUUCGAACGUUGUUGUCGAUCGUCGCAGUCCGGAACGAGGGGGCGGCAGUGAGCAUCGUGCCAGGGCUCCCGAACCUACAGCUUCAUUGUCUGCCUCUGAAGGAAGUGAUGCUGUGUCUGUCGCGACGGCUGAUGCUCAGUCGCCGUUUACUCCUACUAGCGACCAGGCUCAAGAGUCCCUGCUGAAACAUAAACUGAAUCCGGAUGCAAAGGAAUUUAAACCCUUGCAGGUGCCCCACUCGGCUUUGGCAGGUUCCUUGGUCGGCGUCUAUCCAUCAUCCACGCCGAGUCCAUCGCAGAUGCCAGUGACUUUGGUACCGCAUAAUCCGCUUCUCGUCACUCAGGCUUCGAAUCCGUCGUUGUAUCCUCAGCCAGUUUCUUCCCUGUCAGUCCAGUAUAUUCCCGGCAAUCCACCGAUGUACAACAUCCAGUCGAGCCAGACUCCGGUGGCCAUAUUGCAAAGCAAUUCGACCUUUCGAUCUAGGAAAGUCGUUGCUAGCCAGCAUGAUGCCGCUGCAGGUGCUGCUGGACAAUCGAUCAUGACCACUCCGUCAAUGCAGGCACAACAGCCGUGCCUGGUUCAGUACACAAGUAUGCCCCCUGGCGCCCAGCCUCACGCUGCCUAUGCUGGAAAUCCAUUUCUUCUCAGCGCUACACGUGUUGUCACUCCACAAUACAUCGUCAACCAGAACAAUCCGACUGAGCAUGGACAACAACCUCUUUACGCGCUUUCGCAAUUGGUUCAAGUGUCCCCGUACGGUGCGCCAGUGGUUAACUCACCGUCGAUACCGCAGUUGUUUUCUGCUCACCAGUUGUCGUCCGUGCCUCUCUCUACAGCUGCUUACAACACAAAUCCUACUGAAGUAUCGUCCGCAGGCAACCAUCGUCAGGUGUCUCCGCCUCCUCCGCUACCACCAGCCAAUACUAACGCCAUGGCAGUAGCGGCAGCUGCUGCGGCAGCCAAUCAAACAGCAGUGGCUCCGCAGUCUUCACAGUAUCCUGCUCCGCCCGCCGGUGCUGCUUAUGCAAUCGCCCCUGGAGGUUCGCAGCUUGUUGUCAUACCUGGUGGCAAUUACAUGGCGGCGGCAGCCGCUGCAUCGCAUAUGUUCCACAGCCAGUUGGGAGGGGCCUCCGGCUGUGCGACGCUGCCCAACGCUUCCGGCGUUCCAAUGACAGCCCACAUGAAUCCAGCGGCAACGGCGGCGGCUAUCUACUCUGGCGGACAUCCUUCAUUCAUGUCUGAUUCAGCUUACGUUCAACUGGCACAAGCCGCGCAAAUUUCCCAGAAUUCGUUCCAUCCGGCUCUGUUCCGUUCUUCUUCUGUUCCUGCUUACGUCCAUAACGUUCCUCCUGCCGCCGCAGCCGCCGCAGCAGCAGCUGCAGCAGCAGCAGGUAAUCAGCAGCUUGUGAUGUGCAUCCCGUUUGUCGACAACAUUGCGUGA